AUGAUUUCCCAAUUUAGAAUGAAAUUACUUUUCAAUCUGCUCUAUUUCUCAGAUUUUGUAAACACUUUUAUUGCUUAUCAAUACUAUAAUCUAAGCUUAUUUUCUGGAGUAAAUUAAUUAUUCUUUUUUGUCAUAAUGACUAUUUUAAAGAUUAUAUGUCCUGCUUUAGGUGGAUUCAUAAUAGAUCAUGUUCAAUAUACUGUAAAUAUCUUUUUUAUUAGUUUAUUUUUAACAAUAUUUUCUUACAUAAACUUUUUAGGAUAUUGUUGGAAGUUGAUAUAUGAAUAUUUAUAUUUUGCAAUAGGGUUUUAGAUUUUGGCAUAACAAUUUUAAACUAUUAUUAUUUAAACUAUGAUUUCAAAGCAUUUUGUAGAAGAACAAAUUUCAUAAUAGAUGGCAUUAUUUAACUGUUAUGGAUAUGCCGGAAGGUUACUGUGUGCAAUAAUUACUUUUAUUAUUUAUAAUUAAUUUGAAGAUUUUAAUAAUGUUUUAAUAAUAAAUGGAAAUAUUUCAAUACUUGUAUUGUCGCUAAUACCUUUGAUAAUAAUAUUAAGUCUUUCAAUUUGCUUUUAACGCUCCUUUUCUACUUUUAAAGUUGAUGUAUUUAUUAAAAUACCAGAAUUAUAAUUAAUUCCAAUAUAAUAAAAAGGAAACUUGCUUUAAGCUCUAAAAGAGAUUCUUAAUACAGAUAGAGCAAUAAUUGCAAUUGCUGCAGGUUCAAUAAUGAGUAUAAUUUAGCUUUGGUAAUCAUAUGAAGUAAUUUCAUUCUAUCAUAAUUUUAAAAAUGAAAUAAAUUUAUACUUCAUAAAUUCUAAAAAUACAUUUUUAAUAUUGAUGUUUGCAAUAUAAGAAAGUCCAAUAGUAAUCUGUAAGUAAAUGUCAUUGAUUUGUUAGCAAUAAUUUUUGCAAGAAAAAUAGGCAAAAAUAUAUAGCAAUAGGAUAGUGCAUUAAAAUAUUUGACAGAAAAAAUAGCAGAUUCUUUAAUGUAUUUUUUAUUAAGUACUUUGUAAUUAACGUGUUCAAAUUGUCUCUUGAGUUUAAAAGUCUUCUUUUAUAUUGUCACAAUAAUUAUGCAGCAAUAUAAUUAUACAGUUGUUUCAGUAAGAAGAUCUUUAGAUUAUAGAUAUCAAGCGUAAGCUUGAUUGGUAUUCAAAAAUAAAACUAUAGAACAUAAGGAAUGUCGUUUGGAUUACUUUAAAUGUUCAUAAACAUAUUUAAUAUUUGGGUGAUUAGUGUUUUGAGUUAUUUGCCUUAAAUAAAUUGUAUUAAAUAAUUUUUAAAGGAUAGCAACUGUAAAAUUGACAAUAAUUUAUGGAUUUGCAUUUUGUUAUUGUAUAAUUGGAAUAGUCUUAAGUAAAAUGUUGUAAUUUUUUAAAUAAUUUAAUGAGGCAAUAAAAUUAGAAAAUUUAAAUUAAAGAAGGCAUCUAUUUAUAAAAUGA